AUGAAAAUGGCGAUUAAAACCAAAGCUACUGACGCUAUCAACACAGCCGAAACCAAGGCUGACGAGGCCGGCAAAACUAUUGCUGACUCUGCUAAGGAAUUUGAGUCCAAGGUUGAAUCCUCUCUUGAGGAUGCUAAGAAGCAAGGAGAGCCUGCUCUGAGCGAUGCUAAGGACAAGGUCGAGACUGCUGUUGACGACAUGAAGGAUAAGGCUUCUACUGCAUUAGGUGAUUCCAAGGACAAGACUGACAAUGCAGCUACUGAUGCUGAGGGUAAAGCUUCGGAGACUGCGAAGACUGAGGAGACUAAGACCGGUUUGAAGAAGUACCUUGCUAAGUUCAAAAAGGUUUUUAACAUCUAA